ACCGCCAACAGAAGUUAAGUGGUCUUUUUCUCGAUCGAGAUGUUGACUAUCGCACUUUAUUAGGCGAUCUAGAAGCUCAAUAUUCCGAAGAAGAAUUACCCGAGCAAGAAUAUUUAGCCGAAGAAAUUGCCCUCUGA